AUGCCAUGUUCCAUAUUCUCUCUUAUUGCAGCUCAAACGAUCAGGCAUAUGAAAGAGGUCCAAGGCAGAAAUCAAACAGAAGUGACAAAAUUUAUUCUCUUAGGACACUCAGACAAUUCAGAUCUCCAAGUUGUCCUCUUUGGAUUGUUUCUGUUAAUCUAUGUGGCAACCAUGGUGGGUAAUUUGGGGAUGAUUGUGUUAAUUAAGAUUGAUCCCUGUCUCCACACUCCCAUGUACUUCUUUCUCGGCAGCCUCUCCUUUGUUGAUGCCUCUUGCUCUUCUUCCGUCACUCCUAAGAUGCUGGUGAACCUUGUGGCUGAGAAUAAGGCCAUUUCUUUUAAUGGAUGUACUGCCCAGUUCUACUUCUUUGGCUCCUUCCUGGGAACUGAAUGCUUCCUGUUGGCCAUGAUGGCAUAUGACCGCUAUGCAGCCAUUUGGAACCCUCUGCUAUACCCAGUUCUCAUGUCUGGGAGAAUUUGCUCCUUGCUAGUAGCUACCUCAUUCCUAGGAGGUUUUGGAAAUGCAGCCAUACACACAGGAAUGACUUUCAGAUUAUCAUUUUGUGGCUCUAAUAGGAUCAACCAUUUUUACUGUGACACCCCACCUCUGCUCAAACUCUCUUGCUCUGACACCCACAUCAAUGGCAUCGUGAUCAUGGCUUUCUCUAGUUUUAUAGUGAUCAGCUGUGUUAUGAUUGUCCUCAUUUCCUACCUGUGUAUCCUCAUUGCCAUAUUGAGGCUGUCUUCAUUAGAGGGCAGGCACAAAGGCUUUUCCACUUGUGCCUCACACCUCAUGGCUGUCACUAUAUUCUUUGGGACAAUUCUCUUCAUGUACUUGCGCCCUAUGUCUAGCUACUCAAUGGUGCAGGACAAGAUUGUCUCUGCAGUGAUCCCUUUGCUAAAUGCUCUCAUCUACAGUUUGAAAAAUAAGGAUGUGAAAGGGGCCCUAAAGAAGAUCUUACAGAAACACAUACUGUAAAAUCACGUUACACACCAUCCUGUUAUGUAGAAGAAAAUAUAUUUUCAUUUUAAUUGUAUUGUCUGAUUGCUUAAGCUUUUUUUUCUGGGUUAAAGUAUAUCAUUUAAAAUAAGGUCUGCUUCUUAAUCUCCUGGUGUCUUAAAUGUGUGUCCAUAGGCCUAUAUGAUGAAUCAACACAGUGGGGAAGGGUAGUGUCUGGUAAAGUAUCAAAAUACUUGAAAUUGGCUCAUCUGGGUUUAAGUUCUAAUUUCAGUACUUAGCUUUUCUUAAUCUUAGUUUUAUUAUAUAUACAUGCGUGUCUUUGAUUGGGAUCUGGGCAAACAGACUCUGAGACUGAUAUUUGUAUGCAGGAAGUUAUUGGAGAGUGUUCCCGGGAACAAUACCUAUAAGGAAGUGAGGGAACCAGAAGUGGGUAGAAAAAGUUGAAUUGUGAUGAAGUUGUAACACACUACUCAACCAAUUCCACAUGGAGCUCUGGAGCUGAGAGGAUCCUUCAGAGAUAUCCUAACUUGUGAAAAAAGGGCGAGGCAUUUUUACCUCGAUAAUGACUAGUUUUGGAUAUAGAUGUAAUCUUGGGCAUGGCAAUGCCUUUCAGCAUGGGCAUUCCAAGAGAACUCAGCUGUGAAGUGUCAGUUGCCAAUUUACUUGGAAACUAAGGAAAUAAAUACUUCAACACUGAAAGUCAAAUUUGGUUGGUGUACCGUAGCAUCCAUAAUAAAUAAUAACACCAUUUCACUCAGUGGGUUCCAGGAGUACCAAAUAAGAUACAAGAAAGAGUCUUAUCAGAUGUUAUAAUAAUACUGGCACAACAGCAAUUAGCAGAGCAAUAGUUUACCGACUUUUGGAAUUAAUUGGAAUAUUUUGAGGGUAGUAAUCAAUGUACUUUAACUUUUUAAUCUCUACGUCUCCCAACAUUUCACAUAGUUUUUAAUAAACAUUUAUCGAAUUAAAUUAUCUAUUUAUUGCUCAUUUUAGUGGGGUGGGGAGCUGUCAAUGUUGGAGAAAGGGAGAAACAACCUUCUUUGAUGAGAUGGCAUGUUGAAGGAAGCCGAAUGAUUUGGGAUCAGAUAAAUGUUUGCUCCCUAUUUCUUCCCAUUCCACUUCCACUGCAGACCAUGAGGGAGAGCACUAGUGUCCUGCAUGCUCCAAGUGAGACCUCCUCACCCUUGACAAAUUUGUUAGAGAGCGCAAAGCAGGAGUUAACUCAUCCUGUUCAUUCUGAGCAGUCCUCCCAUCUCCUUAUAACUUCCACUUUCAACUGUUAACCAUGGUUACUCUUGAAGACAUUCAAAACUGUGUCAUGGCUGGCAUCCUCCUUCAAGUUCCCUUUCAUUUUGGUGCAUCUACUAUCAUAUCCAACCUUUAACUGCUUCUUGUUCACCAAGCUAAGAAAAAUGGCACCUUAUCAUUAAUCCUCACUACUCUCACAUCUACAUUUCACUCAUUGCCCAGCUGAGAUUCCACAGUCCAUCAUAUAAUGACUCAUUCUCAAUCAGUCUCAAUUCUGUGGUUCUACUUUCUCUCAAUUCUACUCCUGUGAUUAAAUUCCAAUUUAGUUAAACUUAAUUGUUUCUUCUCUCUGUCCUCCACUUAAGCUGCUUAGUGCAAUUAGAGAAAAUCCCCCAGUACUUCACUCUGUUGCUGAUCUUGUCUCAUACUUCAUCCUUCAAAAUAUAAACAAUUAGAUAAAAUCAUCUCCAUCUUAACA